AUGGAGAGCAUAAAGAGUGGGUGGUCAUCAUUGAAAAACACUGUAAGAAACACAGUAAAUGGCCCACCUCAGCAGGAGGAGGACUACUUUUCUAAAAGUUGGUUCGACACGUUGGUCGGUGGUGACGACGACUCGUGCUGCGCGAAGUGUAAAAUUCCCUUUACUGUUCGAAUCACGAUCGUUGGUAUAUUGGUGCUGCUGGGUGUCAUUGCACUAUUUUUGUCGUUUUCAUUCAUCGUCCUCCCAAUGAAAUUCGCCAAAUUAUUCACUGCUGGAAACGUUUUGAUUCUUGCUGCGUCGUUCUUUUUGAGAUCAUUUUCCGCACAGAUUAAAUCAUUGAUGGAGGACAAGACCAAGCUGAUCGGACUUGUUUUGUACAUCACAUCGAUUGUUCUUGUAUUGUUUGCAGCCCUUAAACUCAAAUCGUUUUUUGUGACAAUUCCCUGCGUUAUUUUCGAGAUUAUUGCUUUGCUGUGGUACUUAUUUUCGUACAUCCCUUAUGGUCAGGAGAUGCUCAAGAAGUGUGGAAGCUGUUUGUUAUCGUCGUGUUUCAAGGGAGGAGAGUAG